AUGAGGAAGGCUUUAUCUCCACUGGUUAGUAGGAACUCUCAUAUAGCACGCACCAUGGCACGGGGUUCGGAUAGCGCGUCUCGCAAGAGAACUAGGCAGAAGACUACGGAAAAGAAUAAUGUUGUGGACGAGGAAAUUUCGGGUGUGUCAUCUAACGAGGAAGGAUCAUCGUCAGAUGAACAAGAAUUAGAGGAUGUAGCUGACGCUGAGUUGGAUUCUGAUGAGGAAUUUGCGAAUGAGAACCCCGCUGACAAGCGGAGGCGACUCGCCAAACAAUACCUAGAAAAUAUUAAGGAAGAGGCUAAUGAAAUUAUGCAUGGCGAUUCUGAGGCACAUGCAGACGAUGCCCAAGGUCAAGGUUUUGCUGAUGCAUACAAUAACUUUGACGCGCGCGACCUGGAUCGUGACAUUAUCUCAGCAAGAUUGAAGCAAGACGUUGCUGAGCAAAGGGGAUCUGUGUACCGCUGGAUCGCCGAUAAGCUGCUACUAUCUGAGGCCAAGAAGUCCUUCACCAGGGUCGGGGAGAAGAACCUGACUGCGCUCAGCUGCUAUCAGCAAGCAAUGAAUAAAUUUUCACAUAGGGAAAUCCAAAGCAAAAGCAAGGGACUAAUGUUUGCCUAUACUGUCAGUAAGGACAUGCAACUGACGAAAUACGAUAUCACCGACUUCAAUGCUAGACCGACGAAGGUAAAGUACACUAAGGGAGGGCGCAAAUACAUCCCAGAGGGUAACCAGGGCUUUCAGAACACGACGGAGGGACACUAUGAUGAGAUUCUGACGGUUGCAGCUUCUCCAGAUGGUAAGUACGUUGUCACGGGAGGGAGAGACAAAAAGCUUAUCGUGUGGAGCACUGAGUCGUUGGCACCAGUUAAAGUUAUACCAACCAAAGAUCGGAGGGGUGAAGUGCUCGGGUUGGCUUUCAGGAGAAACACGGACCAACUGUAUGCGGCCUGUGCCGAUUAUAAAAUACGUACGUUCGCAAUUAACCAAUUUUCGCAGCUGGAGGUUCUAUAUGGUCACCAAGAUAUCGUCGCAGAUAUUUCGGCCCUGAAUAUGGAGCGCUGCGUUACGGUCGGGUCCAGGGAUAGGACCUGUAUGCUGUGGAAGAUUGCAGACGAAACACGCUUGACCUUCAGAGGCGGUGACGAUCCUGAAAAGCUGCUCAGAAGAUGGCAGAAGGCGAACAGUGAACAGGAAAACAAGGAUGCAGACGACAAUACUCCAGCGGAGCCGCCCGUCUUUUACGGCGAGGGAAGCAUAGACUGCAUCACCAUGCUCGACGAUUCACACUUCAUCUCGGGCUCGGACAAUGGAAACAUAUCGCUUUGGUCCCUAUCCAAGAAAAAGCCGCUCUUCGUUCAGCGAGUUGCCCAUGGAGUGCAGCCACAGCCAGAUAAUACCAAGAUCAGCGGCGAGCGGGACCCAGCUGUGCGUACGCAGCAGGCCCAAGGCAACCGUCUCGCGCAGCCGUACUGGAUAACUGCCCUGCACGCCGUCCCCUACAGCAAUGUAUUCUUCAGUGGGUCCUGGAACGGAACCAUGAAGGUCUGGAAGCUGCACGAAAACAUGCGCUCUUUCGAGCCACUCGGCGAACUGGAUGGCUGCAAGGGCCUGGUGACGAAGAUCCAGACGGUGGAGGCCGGUAAGAGCGGCAGGGAAACACUUCGCGUCCUCGCCAGUGUCAGCAAGGAGCACCGGCUUGGUCGGUGGAUGGGCAAGCUUCCCGGCGCCAGAAACGGACUGUUUUCCGCAGUCAUCGACCAGGCUGGCUUCUGA